GAGCGCCUCCAUAGCUCAUAGCUCUCCCAGGCAAGCCUACAGUUACGGCCACAACAAUAUCGCGCCAGGUCAUGUUGUGCAUCUGACAUUGUAAUCGCUCCCCGAAGAACCGCAGCCUGCCAUGUCGUCCUGCUUCGGAUUCCGCAAGUCGCGCGCCGACGACCAGCGCCCGCUGCUGCCUCAGUACCGCGAUGACACCGUCAUGCAGCGCGAGGUGCACCAGAAGCUGCAUUCUUACCAAAUGAUCCGAGCCCUAGGCAAGGGAUACAUGCCCUCCAACGAACAGGUCAUCGUCAACCUGCGGAGCCUCUUGGCCGCCGACGUGCUCAACCCGGACAACCCGGAGCUCAGUGAUUCCGGACGACUGCUCGUCAAAUUCAGCAAGCGAUGGCUGCACGAGUUCAUCGAAUUGCUCCUCAACAAGAAUGGAAGCGACCAGAUACAAGACUUCCUCUGGUACUUGUCCAAAUCGAGGGUCUCUGUAGAUGUCGAGGAUCUUACCCAUCGGGCCGUCAGAUCUAGAGCCAAGGCAGACAUCUCCGCAGCCUACAGUAGCCUACAGACAGUUGGGUCGCUCCUGCUGACCAAUACUGAUUUCCGCAUCUUCCUCGCGGACCUCAAUACGCUUGGUCGUGAGGUGUUCAGAGAUACUGCUUUCAGUUUGUCAAACGUGGCCAAGAAGGCAGGCAAGAAGAUAGAGCCAUCCCAGGCUGACCAAAAGGCGCUCAAGGAGCCAGGUGCUGAUUCAGGCGAGGCACCCACGACCGAAGAGCUCAAUGGCGACCUGGUUGAAGUUGCCCAAGUUGUGGGCGAGGGCACGGCCAAGGUUGGUAAGAAGGCACAAGACAGUCUGAUAGGCAAGCUCCAGGGCGACGAGGGAGACUCACUUCUCUACCGGCUGAAGAAGACUGUGAUGGACCUGCGCAAGAAGCGCGACUACUCCGAUUCGGUGUCCACCUUAGCACUCCUACUCCAGAGAUAUGCUUUGGCCUAUUCUCGUAUGGCUGAAGAUGCUGUACAUGCCACUCAAAAGGACAUCAGCACGAAUACUGCUACAGACAGGGCUGUGAAGAACUUCUGGACCUUCAUAAGCUCUUUCGGAGAAAAGCAGGAAUGGAAGAAACUCGAAGACAGCUUCCACAAAGUCUUGGAGCAUUCUCAAAAAGAUCCGGAGUUCGAGGAUCUGCUCACUGACGUUGGAAACUCGCUGCAGAAACUACUUACCGAUCCUGACUUUUUUGAGCAUGCCGAAGAAAAGUUCCAAGAGCUUAGGAAGAAGUCCAAGGACGUCGGGACAGAAUCCUCUCUGCGCAAGGAUAUCGAUUCGUUCUUCGAGCAGGCACAGAUUACGUUCAACUCAGUGACGCAAGACCAGGAUAUUGCGAAGCUCAUUAAGACGACGACGCAGCUCUUCUAUAUCCUCUCACCACAGUAUCAGUACACCAACGGCGAGCUGAUCCAGGACGCCAUCAAUGUCUUCGUUCCUCUCUUCAUCCAAGCCAUCCAGUAUAUCCCCAUCCCGCGUCUCGAAAUCUCUACCCCGGAAGUCGAUCUCCUCCUUGAAAAUCUCAUCCUCGAACCCGGCAAAACCAUCAACAACACUUCUUUCCUCCCCUUCCGCUUCCGCGUAGAAACCCGUAACGACUUUGAGAUUUGGAAAGCCAAAUUCCGCACCGCAUCCAAAGUAGACUCCAACCUCACCAUUAAAAUCGAUGGCUUAUCUCUUCGCGCCGAAGAGAUUGGCUUCCUCAUGCGCGCGCACAAGGGUCUCCUCCGCCUUGCAGAUGAGGGUAUCGCCUCCUUCGAGCUUGACGAGCGCGGCAUCGACAUCCACCUUGACGUGGAGAUUGCCAAGGACCGCCAGGAGCAGAUGCUCACGCUCAACGCCGUCCGUGUGCACAUCCACAAGCUCAGCUACACCCUGCGCAAGUCGAAGUUCAGCCUCUUCGGCUGGCUUCUCAAGCCGCUGCUACGCCCCAUCAUCCGCAAGGUCAUGGAGAAGCAGCUCGCUACCGCCAUCUCAGAUGCCAUACACGCCGCCAACCGCGAGCUCCUCUUCGCCCGGGAGCGCCUAAGGGCGACGCGCAUCUCCGAUCCGGAUGACCUGCGCACGUUCUUCAAGGCCGUGCUGACGAGGUUGACGCCUGAGGAUGACCCCGAUCUAUACACCAGGGUGGGCGUUGCUGCGCCCGGAAAGGGAGUCUUUGCUGGCCAGUAUGCGCCUGGAAGCGUGGUCAAGCUGUGGGAGGAGGAAGGCAGGCAGGCGAGCGAGAGGAUCGAGGAGUGGGAUGAGGGAGGCUGGAGGAACGAUGUGUUUGACUUGCAUGCUAUGAUGCUGUGAGUGGACAAUUCUUGACAUUACGACCUUGGUCUUUACGCAUGGUAUCGUCGGAAUGGGCUUCGAAACUGGCUUUUCAUUUACGAUGUCACUUCUAUGUACACUCUUGUUUCCUUUCUAUCUCGUCUGAGGCGAUUGUUACGAUGUUAUCAUAGCUAUAAUUCCAGUCCUUUGACAUGUUUCAUGACUACUUGCGAGAUGCAACUAACGUACGCCUCUAGUCAACGAGGCGC